CGCGAAAUCGUUGGUUCUCUAAUCUCGAUCACUUUGUUGUCGUGCGGUGGAUAUACGAUUUGAGCAGUUAAGUCAGUCCAAUAUUAUUAUAUUCAAUAAAUUAAUUAUAAAAUCUCGUCGUAACUGAUUUCUUGCUAUCGGUAUCGCAUCUCGUCUACUUUCAUCGUAGAUUUUCGCCCUGCCAGUGUUCCUUCUCACGGACCGUUGACGGUCCGUGCACGUGAGUCCUCUGUUCUGGAAAUUUGUGGGCACAGAUCAUAGACUAUAAAGGGUCUAUCGCGCUGAAGGAUCACACACACGGGUUUCUCCAGUAUUCGCCGACCACUACCACUACGACAACGACGACGAUAUGCUGAUUGUCUUCACAAACGCAGUAAGUGCGCGUUGCAACCGUUUGGUACCGUAAAAUUCGGUUUGUGUAUUUCGUAUCUCAAGGGUCGCCAGACAUUGUCCACGAACGGCUUUCUGGCGGUAUUGCACAUUCCCACUGCCAUGGUGGCCGUCUAGGUAGCCGACAGCCAGACAGGUGACACGUUUGGUUAUCGUCCACUCGUCCACCCUUGAUGGCUCCGAUGGUCCUAGUGUGGUCGUAGGUCUCACCACUGACUGAACAAUGGCGAAACGGUUAUACAUUUGAUCUAUACGAUAUCAAUUUUAUUGACAGUACACCGAUUUUUAUACUAUUACAUACUACUACUACCACUAGUUAUAUUAUAUUAUUAUCAUCAUCAUCGUCUAUAAAUGUUGGCCGUUAUGAGUCUCUUUCAGCUGAUUGUGUUGUUUCUGCCGUUUGCGUUAUCCGCAAGUCCCAACUGGAUGUAAGUCAUUUCAUUAGCUAGUCUUCGUUGGCUAGUGACCUAUGUUACUAUGUUAUUGUGUUUGCUAAAACUACUUAUUUUGAUUAAUUGUGUUAUGUAGUUCGAGUGUCAUUAUUUUAAUUUGUUUAUUUUUAAUUUUUAAUUACCUAUCUACUCAUUAUGACAUACCUAUAGUAAUUGUUUAAUUUUUCAAAAAUGUUAUUAUUAAAUCUUGUAAUUAUUAUCACUCUAAAUCGCUUUCAAUAUUCUAUCAAAAUAAUUUUACUGAGUUAUACAGACUUCUAAAUAUUUUAGUACAUUUUAUAAUUGCAUUGUUUUUUUUUUUUUAAUGACAGUUAUAUUUUAGUGUUUAGGUACAAAUGAACCAGGUUUUCUUUCAACAGUAACUUUUGUGCUUCUUAUUAUGUUUUUGUUUUUUUGUAGUAUAUUCCUAUAAUGUUUAUUUAUUUUACAGGUAAUAAUAUAUGGCUUGUACUUUGUAGUAUGCAUAAUGUAUCUGUACUUAUAUAAAAACCUGAGAUUCGGUAUUAAUUUUUGUAUUAAGAAAAAAAUUGUUGAAAUAAUCCAUAGAGCUGAUAGUUAGUGUCCUUUUGUUUUAUUUAGUUAAUUUAAGUAUACUUACACUAUGCUAUUUUCCUAUAAUAACAUUGUACCGAUUUUGAAUUGUAGGUAUUUAGGGAUAAUAGGGAUACCACCACCACUUCAACAACAACAAGCGUCACCGGGUUCAGAAAUCGAAGAUCCAGAAAUUGUUCAAGCCAGAGCUGUUUGUGGCGCUCUUCCUGGCUUGGCAUCAAAACAGGUUGAUGUUUGUAUGAGUCAUCCAAAUGCUAUAUACUCAGUAUCAGAUGGAGCUAAAAAAGCCAUUGAACAGUGUCAAUACCAAUUCCGUCAUGAAAGAUGGAACUGUUCGGUUAUGGAAAAUGAACAAAGUGUAUUUGGUCCUACUUUGGAUAGAGGUUUGAAUUGUAUACUUACAUUGUAUGAAACCUAUAAUUAUUCCAUUCAAAUAUAAACAGGACCAAAAUAAAGUGAUUACUUGCUUCAUUACUAUUUAUUUAAUAGCUUUAUAUAUUUAACACAAUAAUUUCGAAAACCAUAUUUAGUAAUAUUUCUUUCAGUUAAAAACAAUCAAUAAAUUAUAUGAAGAUAGUUUUUGAUGUCUGUAACUGCAUAAUGCUGACAAUUAUAUUUCAAAACAAAAAUCUUACUCUAAUUUGAUAUAAAAUAAUAGUUAUUCACUCGAUUUAAUUCUGUAACAUUGUAAUACCAAUUAUAUUUUAGAUUUUUUUGAAAAUUAUCUAAAUUAAGUAUCUAUUCAAUAAUAAAUACUUAUUACCUAACUACUAUAUACAUGAUUUUUAAAGUUAAAAAUGGAUAACAUUUUGAGAAAUCCAAAUUUAAAGUUUUAUAUUUUUUUUAAAUUGUUUGUUAUUGGAAUACUUGCUGGAAUAUUUCAUAACUAAGUAUCUACAACAAUGCAAAUUAGAUAUUAAUAUUCAAAAUCUUAGUUACACUAAAAACUCAAAAUGAUUGAUAAUUAAUACGAUAAAAGUAUAAAUUAAUAAAAAUUUUAUUUUUUUAUUGUAAAAUUAUUUUGUACAAAAUAAUAUACAUAUCCUGGUUUAUUAUAUUUUAAUAUUGGACUAAAUUUUAUUCCUUAAAUAAUAUGAAAAACUUGUUACCCUUUUAUAUUUUUAUUAUUAUAUACAUUUUGUAUAUUAUUUAUCUGUACUUAAUUCUUGAAAAAAAUAUUUAACAAAUCUAUGUGGAAACUAAUCAAUUAUUUAAAAACCUGCUAUAUGAUGUUAAUAACACUAUAUACAAUAAAUUAUUCAUUAAUCAUAGUUAACAUUUUUUUUUUUUUUUUAACAGGUAGUAAAGAAACUGCUUUUAUAUAUGCAAUUACUAGUGCAGGUGUAGUUUAUUCAAUUACAAAUGCGUGUAGUUCUGGAAAACUAACAGAAUGUAGUUGCGACUCUAUGCAACAUGGGCAGACCACUCCCGAAGGAUGGAAAUGGGGAGGCUGCAGGUAUGAUAUUUCAAAAUAAAACAAUAAAUUAUAGUAAUUGCUACUAUAUAUAUUUUCAGUAUGUAAAUUAAUUGGACAGUCAGUAGCUGUUAUUCAAAUUAUAAUCCAUUUAUUGUAGUACAUUUUUCAAUGUAAUACAGUAAGUUCCCGUUACAACAAACUCCAAGAGACCAAUUUUUUUUCGUUAUGACGGAAAUUUUGAAAAAAAAAAAUUUGACAUUGCACACAUCAUCUCCCAUCACAGCUUCUUCAUCUUCACUACUUUCAUCGGUGGCCUCAUCUUUACUGUUUUUACUGUUCAUAGCAUGUUGAAACGUUGUCAUCUGCACUGAGAUAAUCUUCUAAAUUUACAUUGUCAGGAAGCGAUGUUUUCUUUUUCGCAGUGAUUCAAAUUUGCUCUAACACAGAUUGUUGGGUGUUGGGAUUAUUUGAUUCAUCAUAUUCGGCCACUUCUGAAACCUAGUUGGUGUCUUUGGUUGUGGUUGCAUGUUUCCAACAGUUAUCGUUGAUUGACUGAUAUCAUCCCAAGCUCCAUAUAUUCAUUCAAUAGCUUCCUUCACAUUGUCUUUGGAUAUUUAUCUCUAAUACGCAUAAAAUUUGACGUAACAAAAAAGUUCUAUAGCGUGAUUUUACAGCUCUGAUGAUGCCUUGGUCAAGAGGUUGAAGUACAACUGUGCAUUUAGGUGGGAAAAAUUCCACACUAAUGUUAUCCAAUUUUGGUGGUUCAUUAUGGAGCACAGUUGUCGAUAAGAAGAAGAGUUUUCCUGUUCUUUUUCAUUUCUUUGUCGAAAUCUAUCAACCAAUCAUUAAAAAUUAUUUGAGUCAUCCAUGCUUUCUUGUUAAAUUUAUAGAUGCAUGGCAAUGAUUUACAGUUUUUAAAACAACGAGAUUUUGCGGAUUUGCCGAUGAUGAGAAUUUUUCGUUACUCCGUUCCUGAUUUGUUACAACAGAACAGAGCGGUGAUGCAUUGUUUGGAAGCUUUACCCCCUGCACACUUGUCUCCUUUCUGUGCUAAUGUCCUUUUUGGUUCAAGGUUCUUAUUCACGGAAACGAUUUAACCAUCCAAUACUUGCUUGAAAAUUCUCAACUUCGAACAUUUUAGCAAAUUCUAAGGCUUUUUCUCGAAUUCAAGGACCGGUCAGAGGAACAUUUCUGGAAAGAACAUCUUGAAACCAUUUGAAACCGUUUUUCUGCUCGGGACAAAAAUAGAAGUCUGUAGUUGUUUCAAGAUGCUUUCUCAGUCCUUCAAAAUGGUUGACAAUGUUGAUGGAAAUAUGCCAUACUUUUUUGCCACCUCGUCUUUCUUCAAUCCUUUGUCUACUUCAGAAAUUAUGUUCUUUUUCUCUUCCAACGAAAAUUGCUUUCUUUUCAGUGUAAGACCAUGUACAUAUGUACAAUAAAGAAUGAGAACAAAAUACGAAAUGAUUAACGUGUGAGCUUUAAAAUAUACACCCGACUGAUUAUGUUAUGUUAUCGAUUGACAUGGAAUAACAUGGUCAGACAUAGUUUGUUGUAUCAGGAUUUUUAAAAAUUAAUUUUUUCGUUAUAUUGAGAUUCAUUUAACAUUGUUAAAAUAGCUUUUCGGUAGGGAACUUCUAUAACUUUCGUUAUAACAGAAUUUUUCAUUGAAACGGGAACUUACUGUAUAUGAAUAAUAGUUUCCCUUUUAUAAUGGCUAAAAUGUAUAAAACUCCAGAACCAUUAAAAAAAAUUUUGGUUUUUAAAAUAUAAAUUAAAAAUUUGAAAAUAGCUAUUUUGUAUAGUUAUUUAUUCAAAUUAUGAUGAAAUAAACAAUUUUAAAUUUGGUGAAUUUUGAAUGAAUGGAAAAAACUUAUAUUUUCAAAAAUACAGCAUAGACAGUGUACCUACUCUUUACUACUUUUGGAUUAGCCCUAUACAAUUUUACAAUGUUAUGCUGUAUUUUCAGAAAUAAAAGUUUCUUUCAUUUAUUCAAAAUUUACCUGCUUUCAAAAUUUUUUUUAUUUUCCAUACUUUAAAUAAAUAACUACAAAAUGGCUAGAAUUAGAUGAAGUUAAAUUUUUUAACGGUUCUUGUCUUGUAUUUUUUUUUUUAUCCUAGACCAGGGGUUGGCAACCUGCGGCUCUUUCGGUCUAAAGUUGCGGCUCUCCAGCUGCACACACAAAAAUUAAUAUUUUAUAAUAUAAAAAAAAAAGUAUAUUAUUUUUGUUGCUUUUGGAAAUAUGAAAUAAUACAUCACAAAAAUAAUUUGACAGUGCCCGCAUGGAGUACAGUCUAUAGUUGUAAAAUGUUUAUUAUAGAGUCUAAUAUAAUCGCAACACUAUCUACAACUAAUUGGUCAUACGCCAAGACAUGCAAAGCCAAUGCUCCCAUUGAUGUAUUCCCCUAUUAUUAAAAACUGUUUUUUUUUUUUUUUUUUUUAUCAUAAAUUUAUUAUAUUAUUAUAAUUAAUUUCAUUAUUAUUAUGUCUAUUAAAAUUUAAAAAUAAAAUUAUAUUUAAAUACUUAAAAAAAAUUUUAGUGGCUCUUCCGUUAAAAAAGGUUGCCGACCCCUGUCCUAGACCAUUAUAAAAUGGAGGCUAUUAGUUAUAUAUUACAUUGAAAAAACUGCAAUACAAUAUAUACAUUAUAUUUCAAAUUACAGCUACCAAUGAAAUUACAUACUGUGUACAUAUAUAUAUAUAUUUUUUUUUUCUAGUGAUAAUUUGCAUUUUGGAUUACAAUUCUCUCGAAAAUUUGUUGAUGGUUCUGAACCUACGCGUCCCAACAACUUCAAAACAACAAAACAAAAAAGAAGCUGGUCUAAUCGCCUUAAAAUGAAUUUGCACAACAAUGAAGUGGGAAGACAGGUAUUUAAUAAGUAAUUACUAAAGCUUGUAACUUAUAGUAAUUGUAUAUUACUUUUAUAUAUUUUGACAUGUUCUACAGACACCUUAGUAAACUAUACAAUUUUUUCAGACAACCAAGAAGUAAAAUUUAACAUUAAUUGUAGCAUAUUUCAAAUUUUCAAGACUACUUUGUUACUUUUAUUUGUUUAGCUGUAUUUUAUGAUGCAUUUCAAUUAACUAAUUUCACCAAAAAAAAAAUGUUUUUAUAAUAGUUAUUUAUUUUGGAUUCUGAGCAAAGCAAAAUGUUUGACUAUGAUGUAUGUUUUUUUUGUUUGUAUUAUUUCUGUCUGUAAAGAACUGUUCUGCCAGAAAUAUUGCUUCAAUCAAACAUGACAUCUUUUUUUUGGAAUUUUGAAUCUAGUUUGUGAGUAAAUAAGUUAAUUUUUAAUUUUUAUAAUAAUUCGAAAAAGGGUAUAAAAUAAAAACUAACAAAUUUACUGCAUUUAUUAUUUUUAAUUUUUACAAUUUAUGUUUUCUACCAGAAAUAUCGCUCUAAUAAAAAAAAAUAAAAGAGACUGAUUUUAGGUGAUGAGUGGAGGUAGGAAUGUAUUAGUUUUACAAUGAUAUUUAUUUAAUUUUUUUCUGUAUACAAUUUUUCUUCCAGUAAUUUUUCUCCGAUUUACAAUGAUAGCACUUUUUCUGAAGAAUAUCUUACUGGGGAGAUAUGUCAGGUACAUCAUUUUUUUGAUUUUCCAAGAAGUUUUUCCAAUUAAUGAGAAAAACAGGAAAAUAAGUACAAUAUUAAACAAGUAUUAUAUGAAGAAAAUAUAUGAUGCAUAAUAAUAUGACAUAUAUAUAUAUUAUUGACAAAGAAGUUCAAAAAAUGUUAUUAAACUGAAAUUUUAUAUUUACACUAGUAAUCAUAUUAAUGAAGUCACAAAAAAAUUAAUAUUUUGAACAUUUUUAAUUUCUUUUUUUUGCCACCUAAAUUUCAUUCUCAGACCACUAUGCUCUGGGAAAUAUCAACAACCUUUGAUCAUAUACAAUGAUUGAGUUAUUGCAUAUUACACCUAUAGAAUGAGUUGAAACCAACAUAACUUUAAUACUGCUUAUCAAUGUAUUUUCCUGGUUAAAUUAAUUUUAUGUAUCAUACAAAUUACGGUUUUAAAUUGAUCAAUACAAAAUUAAAAAAUUAAUGAUAAGAGACUCAUUCAUAUCACUGACCCUACAAUUAUGUUGGCAUCAUACAUUUUUCAAAGGAAAUUUUCAUUGUAUAUAAUCUAAGUCAGUUAGUAUUUCUCCAUCUGAUGGUCUACAAAGUAGUUCAAAAUCACUUAUGUUGUACUGUUAAGUUCAUCAAAGUACAAACCAUAAAAUGUUAUAGUUUGAAUUUUUAAGCCUAGAAUAAACAAUAAACAUCUACAGUAAAAUUUAAAAAUGAAUAACUACAAUGAUUGAAAUUUGUAUUGUUUUUAGACAGUAAUGUCUUUAAUGAAAAUGCAUUGUCGUUGUCAUGGUGUGUCUGGAUCAUGUGAAUUAAAAACAUGUUGGAAGUUCAUGCCUGCAUUCAAUGAGAUUGGAAAUGUUCUGAAACAAAAAUAUGGAAAAGCUGUCCUUGUACGCAAUAAAUUAAUACAUUUUUUUAAAAUUACUAUUGCAUUAAUUUAUACCUCUGUUAUUAUAAUUAUAGAUAAAUCGCAUUGUGAACGAAACAUCAAAAAAAAAUUCUACACAGAUACAUAAAAAAACGAGGGAAACAAGAGCUCUAAAAAGACAAAAAAGACUGCUGUUGGCAGAAUCAAAAGAACUAGUUCAUAUACAAAAGUCACCCAACUAUUGUAAGCAAGACUUUGAGAAUGGUAUACUUGGAACAGAAGGGCGCAAGUGCAAUAGUUCAUCAACUGGGCCAGAUUCCUGUGGUAAGCUGUGCUGUGGUCGUGGUUAUAAAACCAGGGUAAUUAUUUAAAAACUGUUAUUUCCUGUGUGUCUUGUGUUUUAUCUAAGUAUAAUUUCUUAUUAUGUUUGCCACAGAUUGUCAAAGAGGAAGAACACUGCAAUUGCAAAUUUAUUUGGUGUUGUUCUCUUAAAUGCAAUACCUGCUACAAAAACAUUGAACAGCAAUCAUGCAUAUAAUAAUUACCUAGGUCUGAAUGUGUAUGUGUACUUGUGCUGGAUAUGUGACAGUUUUAAUGUUUGCUUCAGAAAAAAUUGUUUAGUUAUUUUAUGUAAACAUGCUGUCAGUCUAUGUACCUGCACAACUAAUUAGAAUUAAUUUUACAUAUACAUAUCAAAAAUAACAAAUAUAAAAUGGAGAUGUUUGGAUAAUUUUUCCAAAUUUCUUAGUAUGUUUCUCAUUUUGUCUUGUCUUAUCCAAUGAAAUAUUAUAAACACCCAGUUUCCACAGUUUUUAAUUGUCUCUUGCACUAGAGUAUUCUGUAGUAUACUUAGCAGUUAAAUAUUCCCUGGCAUUUAAGACAUAAUGCAUAAUAUUGUUUGUCUGAAUUACUUAAAGACCAUCAAUUUCUCGAACUAAAAUGUCUUAUCAAACUAGGACUCAUACUUAUAAUAUUUAUUUUUAAAAAUAUUCUAUUAAAUAAUUUAUUAUUUGUAAACAGUUUAUUAACUUACAGCAAUUUUUAAUGUACAAAUGGAUAAACUGUUAAAAAUAAUACUUUUACAACCACUUAAGUGGUGUCUAUAGAAUUUUAAACUUAAAAAUUAUAGGUUUAUAUUAAAAAAAAUAAUUAUAAUAGACUGAUAUCAGUAAUUCUAAUAAUUAAACUGUGUAGAUAAUAGUUUUUUUUUAAAUGCCUAGACUCAAGUUAUAAUUUUAACAAACUUAACAAAAGUUCGAGAAAUUAGAAAUGUCUAGUAUUUAGUAUUUAAUAAUUUAAGACAAUAUAUUACAAUAAUAUUAAUAUUCCCCUUUGUGCAUUUUUUUAUUAUUUAAGUUU